UUAAAAACGCUUCUACGACGUAAAUUAGUUCGAAUUUAUUUAUAUUCAUAGCGAAGACUGAGCUUGUUUCGUUCGUAUUUAUCUAGUAUGAAAUAUUAUUUUUUAUCUUAACGAGCAUUCCAACUUGUGCAUUUGAUUUGCUACAGCUGAUUGGUUAAGAAGAUCAUUAACCAUGAACCAAUAAAAGUUUUGAGUUUUACAAUGUUGAAAUAUUCACAUCGAUUGUAUAGAAUGGAUUGAAUAUCGUAGAAAAUCAAUAACUGAAUUAUUGAACCAUACCAGCGAAUUAACUAUGACUAGUUUUGUUUCACGAUCCACCUGAAAGGUCAACCGUCAUUACCCACAAUGUGUGCCAACGACAUCACCGAAGUGGCCAUCCCCUUGAUGGAUGUCUCCACCACCGUGCUGACCUUCGAAAACCUUAACUACUCGGUCCACCAGGGGUCCAAAUGCAUUCUUCAAGACGUGUCCGGUUCGUUCCGUUCCGGCCGACUGGCGGCCAUCAUCGGACCUUCGGGAGCCGGUAAAUCAUCGCUGAUGAAUGUUCUCAGCGGGUUCAAGGUGAAAGGUUUAAAGGGUAGAAUUCUGGUGAACAACGAGAGCGUUGAUCGUCGACGUUACCGGCAAAUGGUUGCCUAUAAUCCGCAGGACGUGAUGCUGUUACCGACCAUCACUGUUACGGAGACCUUGCUCUAUGCAGCCGACUUACGAAUGCCAUCCAGUGUGUCGCGGUUUCAGAAAACCAAAAUAGUCAACGACAUCAUUGCGUUGCUGGGUUUAGAAAAGUGUGCCAAUAACCAGACUCGCGUUCUUUCCGGUGGAGAGAAAAAACGACUAUCGAUCGGACAGGAAUUGGUGUCCAAUCCAAGGAUAAUGUUCUUUGACGAGCCCACCAGUGGACUGGACAGUGAAUCGUCAUAUCAAAUAGUGUCAUAUUUGAAAGACAUGGCACGGCAAGGUCGAUGCGUUAUCAGUGUGGUGCAUCAGCCUAGUUCUGAUCUGUUGGAAUUGUUUGAUGACGUUUAUGUUGUUGCCGAUGGGCAAUGCAUGUACAAAGGUCCGUUGGAUGAGCUAACUCAAACUUUCGCUGAUGUGGGUUUGAUUUGUCCACAGUAUUACAAUAGAGCUGACUUCGUCAUCAAAAUGGCAUCAAAAUCAUACUCUGAACCUGACAAGAUUCACAUGUUGAAGCAACGAAUGAAAACAGCAACUAUUCAGAACGGUUACAACAACACCCAGCAGAACGGAAAUCUUCAAUCAAGGACUCUGGACGAGAUUAAUAACACCUCUCAGUAUCCCAUUUCCCAGUGGCGUCAGUUUGCGAUCCUAACGCGAAGAACUUUUCUGGGAACCAUACGCAAUUUCACGCUGACGGUGCUUCGAUUUCUUGGGCACGUUCUGUUCGGAUUAAUAGUCGGCACAGUAUAUUACAAUAUCGGAGAUGACGGCGCUAAGGUGAUUACAAACAUUGCCUACAUCAUGCUGAUUCUUCUGUUCACCGCAUUUGCAAAUUCGAUGACUGUUGUUUUGACAUUCCCAUUGGAGAUGGCUGUAUUCAUCCGAGAGUACAAGUCUAACUGCUACUCUAUCGGAGCCUAUUUCUUUUCGAAGAUCGUUGCGGACUUCCCGCUGAUGAUCGGAGGUGUUACCUGCUUUCAUCUCAUAUCGUAUUACAUGACCGGCCAAAUAAACGAAAAUGAUCGGAUGUUAAUGUUCUGGGGCAUGUGCGUGAUGAUGGGUUGGUACGCACAAAUCUACGGAAUGCUCGGUGGUAGUCUGUUUCCGAUUGAGGUGAGCCCUUUUCUGGUACCAACCACGUUGAUUCCGGCCGUCCUGUUCAGUGGGUUCUUCAUCCGGUACGAUGAGCUGUUCGGUGUGUUCAAACCGUUGACGUACAUCUCGGCGUUCAGAUUUGCAUUCGAGGGAGUGUCGAUGGCGGCCUAUGGAUUCGAAAGGGAAGAUUUGAACUGCAGUGAGAUGUUUUGCUACUAUCGGAAAGCGAAGAAGGUUCUUGAGAUGCUGGACAUGGAGAACAGUUGUAUUUGGGUGGAUUUUGGGGGAAUGGUGGUUAUUAUUCUAGCAUUGCAUAUUUUACUGUAUUUCAGCUUGCGCUACAAGGUACGAUGAAGUGUUCUUCAAAAACAUUAUUCAGAUUAGAAAUAGGAUAGUACUUAUAACAGUUUUAAAUGUGGUUACACAUGUGUCAUUCAACCGGUUAGACUGUUUCUCUCCUCCAAGAUGCCUUUAAAAAUUCUGUGAUUAUGUAAUAGAACUAAUGUCAGUGAUUAUAUUGUGAAAUAAACGAAUAGCUAU